AGCUGAACCAGGGAAAGGUUGCGGAUCAGUUAGUGAGAGAUUGAUGCCAAACUUUAACCAGAUGAACAGACCUCGUCCGGGGGUCAAGGGAAAGAAGAUACAUCUGCUGACAAAUUAUUUUAGAGUAUGCUUUCAAGGUGGCAUAAGCCAACUAUAUUCAUACAAUGUUAAUGUCCUAUAUGAAAAUGGGGACCCUGUAACUGGAAGCACCUUAAUUAGAAAAGUGAUUCAUAAACUCUGGGAGAUAUACAGCUCCGAGUUAGGAGAGCAAGCAUUUGCUUCUGAUGGGCAACAGAGCUUGUUCACAACUAGUCUUUUACCACAGAAGAAGCUAGAUUUCCCAGUUGUACUUGAUGCUGCAACAUCAAAAAGGUGCAAGACGGAUGGCAGCCUUAGUGGCGAUGGAGACUUAAGUGAGGGUGAUCAAAAGAGGCAGAAGAUCAUAUCCCGAUUCAAAACUUUCAGAGUACAGAUAAACUUUGUUUCCAUCAUCCCCUUUAAGACAAUGCCUGAUGGAAAGCAUGGAGUAAAAUCAGGAAAUAAUGAAGUUCUGAUAGCAUUAGACACCAUUUUGCAACACUCUAAUGCAAAAAGGAACUGCCUUCUGCUCCGCCAAUCGUACUUCCCCAACGAGAUGAAGAACUUCAUGGACUUGACUGGUGGUAUCCUUGGAUGCCGAGGUUUUCAUUCGAGUUUCCAAUCUGUUCAAGGUGGAUUAUAUUUCAACCUUGAUACAUCUACUACAACACUUAUACAGCCAGGUCCACUAGUUAACUUUUUAAUGGCCAACCAAAAUGUGGAAACUCCCUUCAAAAUCGACUGGACUAAGGCAAAAAUCUUGAAAAAUCUCAGAAUUAAGCUAUUACACUCCAAUAGAGAACACAAAAUCACUGGACUUAGCAACAGGACAUGUAAAGAGGAGAAGUUUCUUCUGCAGCUGAGGGGAUCCAAUAAUCAAAAUGACAAUGUCCAGACUGUUGAGACAACUGUUUAUGAAUAUUUUGUUAGGAGACGUGGAAUAGAACUCGGUUAUUCAUCAAACUUGCCAUGCAUCAAUGUGGGAAGCCAGCGCAAAGCCCAGUUCAUUCCUGUUGAGCUCUGUUCAUUGGUUCCCUUACAACGAUUCAAAAAGGAAUUAUCCUUACAUCAAAGAUCCUUAUUAGUGAACAAGUCGAGCCAAAAGCCGAUAGAACUCAUGAAGCAUCUAAACGAGGAACUUCAAGCCAACGACUAUAACACAGACCCCAUGCUGCGCGCUUGUGGAAUCUCAAUUAAUAAAUCAUAUAUUGAAGUAGAGGGAAGAGUUAUAUCUCCUCCACAGUUGAGAGUGGGAAACAAGGAAAAUCUUGCUUCAAGAUUUUCGCGCUGGAGCUUUAACGGCAAGAAGUUUGCAGAUCCAAAAAGCAUUGAAUUUUGGGCUGUGGUGAACUUCUCUACUGGUCAUGACAUACGUGCUUUCUGCAUUGAAAUGGCGAAAUUGGGUGCAAUGAGGGGAAUGCACAUUCAUCCACCAUCAUUUGUUUUCGAAGAGAACACUAAGCAUAAAAAAAAACCGGGAUCUGUUCGAGUGGACAAGAUGUUUGAACAAAUAAUUCCAAAAUUUCGCAAGGAUCCUCCUCGAUUCCUUCUUUGCUUUCUUCCUGCCAAGUUUUCUAAUUUAUAUGGUCCAUGGAAGAAAAAGUGUCUUAUGACCUUUGGAAUUCGUAACCAGUGCAUUGCAAAGAACAAAGUUGAUGAAACUUAUCUUGCUAAUGUUAUGUUAAAAAUUAAUGCAAAACUUGGUGGUCUGAAUUCUAUGUUAUUAGCUGAAGUUUCACAGACUAUUCCCUUAGUUUCUAAAGUUCCCACAAUGAUCUUAGCAAUGGGCGUUACACAUGCCCCUUCUUCACGGUCAGAUUUACCCUCUGUUGCUGCAGUGGUCGGUUCUAGACAGUGGCCGAUGAUUUCUUACUAUAGAGCAUCUACUUGUAUCCAACCACCAAAGACCGAAACUAUACAUUCUCUCUUUAGACCAGUUUCAGAUAGGGAGGACUCAGGCAUGAUCAGGGAGCUCCUAAUGGAUUUUCAUGCAAGUUCGGGGAAGAGGAAGCCUGAACAGAUUAUUAUAUUCAGACAAGGUUUAAGUGAAUCUCAAUUCAAGCAUGUUAUUAGCGAAAUGGAGGAAAUUAUUAAGGCCUGUAAAUUCCUAGAUGAGACUUGGUCUCCUAAGUUCACUCUUAUUGUUGCACAAAGAAGACAUCACACAAAGUUGUUCCAAGCUAAUUCCAGUGACAAUAUUCCUCCUGGCACAGUCGUUGAUACUAAAAUUUGUCAUCCGCUGUAUAAUAACAACUUCUACAUAUGUGCACAUGCGGCAAGAGUUGGGACUAGCAGGCCAAUUCACUACUUUGUUUUGUUGGAUGAAAUCGGCUUCUCAUCUGAUAGUUUGCAGGAACUAGUCCAUUGUUUAUGUUACGUGUCUCAGAGAUGCACCAGUGCUAUAUAUGAAGUGGCUCCGAUUCGUUAUGCUCGUUUGGUUUCAGCUCAGAUGUUAGAAAUUAUGAAGACUGAGGGGCCUGAACUGCCAAUGUUGCACAAAAAUGUGCGCGAUACAAUGUUUUUCUGCUGAAAUUCUGUACCAUCAUCUGCUAAAAAGUGCAGUUUUCUUUGUGUUCAAAAUGUACUGUUAACAAUUAGGCAAGUCUAAAAGGCAUUGGUUACAUACAAGAUUUUCAGAUUUUGUGAACAAAUUAAACCUCAGGAUGCUACAUCAGUAUACAAGGAGGAUCACUAUCUAUUUACUGCAA